GAGGGCGUACCCAAGUGGCGCGUGUGUGCGCGCGUUGGUGUGUGUGUGUGUGUGUGCGUGUUUGUGUGUGCGCGCGCGUGCGCUUCUUGCCUGCAGCCGCUGCAAGUCGCACCGAGCUACCAGCGGCUUUUGUACCUACGAUGCACCGUGGUCGACGCACCUGUAAGGAGCGAUAAGCCCAGCCCGGUACCGCCUGGUGCUCACCGCCCCGCCGCUCCGCACCGGCACCGUCAGCAGCGGAAACACCGCUGCUUUUAACACAAACCUGGAUUUUAAAAACUACGGAUGUUUGGAGUUUACAACUGGAUUUUAGCAGUUGGAUACUCUCGGUGGUGUGUUUAACUAAGUGAUGGAACCAAGAGUGGCCUGUGGAUCCCUUGUGAGCUCUAUUUCACAGCAGACAACAUGAAGGAGGAAAUUUUACUCACCCUGAUAGCCAGAGAAGUCCAUUCCAUCAGACCGUACACCAUGGUUGUUGUGUGAAAAAACAACAACCCCCCUCCCUCCCCAAAAAAAAAAAAAACAAAAAAAAAACACCAUUAAAACAUCACAUCUUCCUCUCUCUCUCCCUCUUUCACUCCUCUGUUCAACCCUUGGGAGGAAAACAAUUCCUCCAUUCCUACUGGACAGGUCACUGAUGUGAGUGACUUAAGACUGUUAACUACAACGACUGUUCUCCUGCUACUACCCUUUUCCCUUUAAAAACAUAUUUUUAUAAGAAGUAUUUAUCUGAAUAUAUCUCUGCACAUAUUGUGGAUAAAACUGUACAUCCCUGAAUUUCCACCUGAACAUCCUAAGAGUCAGCUAUUGAUUUCUCAGACACCCUCUUGGAUUAAUACAUUUUUUGCAGCUAUGGAUCUUGUUAGUUUUUCUAUCCGGCUUCAAGUGUUCCUCAGCACAUGUCUGGGACUGGAAUUUUCAGGCACACCAGGUCAGUGGGCACGCUACCUCCGCUGGGACGCCAGCACCCGCGGUGACCUCAGCUUCCAGUUCAAGACAGGAGCCUCGGAGGCGCUGCUGCUGUACUUUGAUGACGGAGGCUACUGUGACUUUCUGCAGCUGUCGGUGGUGGAGGGUCGGCUGCAGCUGCGUUUCAGCAUUGACUGUGCCGAGACCACAGUGGUGGCUGACAGACGGGUGGAUGACAACAGCUGGCACUUUGCCACUCUGAGCAGGUAUAACCAGCGCACAGUGCUGGUACUGGAUGGCCAGGCCAAAGCAGAUGAGGUGCGGCCUCAACGUCUGUUCAUGAAAAUAGUCAGCGACCUGUUCCUGGGUGGAGUGCCUCAGGAUAUCCGCAACAGUGCGCUGACACUGCCUACAGUUCGAAACAUGCAGCCCUUCAGGGGCACAAUUACAGACCUCAAAUAUGGCAUCUCACAGCCCCUAUUCCUGGGAAGCCUUAAGGUGCCCCUGGAGUCGGAAGGGUGGUGCACCGUGAACCCGUGUGAGAAUGGCGGUACGUGCUCAGUGGUGGAUGGAGAGCCGGUCUGUGACUGCUCCAAAACAGAAUAUAAGGGCCUCUUCUGCAGUGAAGAGGUCAGCAACAAUAACCCAGCAAGGGAGGAGAAUGUGGCUACUUUCCGAGGUUCAGAGUAUUUCUGCUACGAUCUCUCCCAGAACCCGAUUCAGAGCAGUAGUGACGAGAUUACACUCUCCUUCAAGACAUGGCAGCGCAAUGGCCUUAUCCUUCACACCGGCAAGUCAGCGGAUUAUGUCAACCUGGCGCUGAAGGACGGUGCUGUCUCCCUUGUUAUCAAUCUGGGCUCUGGAGCCUUUGAGGCUAUCGUGGAACCAGUCAAUGGGAAGUUCAAUGACAACUCGUGGCAUGAUGUCAAAGUGACCCGCAACCUCCGGCAGGUUACAAUAUCAGUGGAUGGAAUUCUGACCACCACGGGUUACACCCAGGAAGAUUACACCAUGUUGGGCUCUGAUGACUUCUUCUAUGUUGGUGGAAGCCCCAGCACCGCUGACCUUCCUGGAUCUCCAGUCAGCAACAACUUCAUGGGCUGUCUCAAGGAGGUGGUAUAUAAGAACAAUGACAUCCGUCUUGAGUUGUCUCGUCUGGCUCGAAUUGUGGACCCUAAGAUGAAAAUCCAGGGAGAGGUGUCUUACAAGUGUGAGAAUGUGGCCACCCUGGACCCCAUUUCUUUUGAGACACCUGAAGCCUACAUCAGCCUCCCCAAAUGGAACACCAAGCGGAUGGGAUCCAUCUCUUUCGAUUUCCGCACGACAGAGCCCAACGGCCUCAUUCUCUUCACCCAUGGUAAACCCCAAGAGCGCAAAGACACUGCCCGCAGCCAGAAGAACACCAAGGUGGAUUUCUUUGCAGUAGAGCUGCUAGAUGGCAGUCUGUAUCUACUAUUGGAUAUGGGCUCAGGGACUAUCAAGGUGAAGGCAACCCAGACAAAGGUCAAUGAUGGUGCCUGGUAUCACGUCGACAUCCAAAGAGAUGGACGGUCAGGCACCAUUUCUGUAAAUAGCAGAAGGACCCCGUUCACAGCUAGUGGUGAGAGUGAGAUUCUGGACCUGGAGGGUGACAUGUACUUGGGAGGGCUUCCCACUGACCGCACCAACCUCAUCUUGCCUACCGAGCUCUGGACAGCAAUGCUCAACUAUGGCUAUGUGGGCUGCAUUCGUGACCUUUUCAUUGAUGGUAGAAGUAAGGACAUCCGUCAAAUUGCUGAGGCACAAAACGGCGCUGGCAUUAAACCUUCUUGCAACAAGCAAUCUGGCAAGCAAUGUGAAAGCUACCCAUGCAAGAACCGAGGUGUCUGCAAGGAAGGCUGGAAUCGAUUCAUAUGUGACUGCACUGGCACCGGCUACUGGUCACGCACCUGUGAGAGAGAGGCUUCCAUCCUCUCCUAUGAUGGCAGCAUGUAUAUGAAGGUGGUGAUGCCGACCAUCAUGCACACUGAGGCUGAGGAUGUCUCCCUGCGUUUUCGUUCCCAACGGGCUUAUGGCCUCCUCAUGGCCACCACCUCCCGAGACUCAGCCGACACUCUCAGGCUGGAGUUGGACGGGGGUCGCGUCAAACUCACAGUCAACCUAGACUGUAUCAGGAUAAACUGUAACUCCAGCAAGGGACCGGAGACCCUGUAUGCCGGGCAAAAGCUCAAUGAUAAUGAAUGGCAUACAGUGCGUGUGGUGCGCCGCGGCAAAACCUACAAGCUAACGGUUGACGAUGAUGUAGCAGAAGGCCAAAUGGUGGGUGACCACACUCGUCUGGAGUUCCACAACAUCGAAACAGGCAUCAUGACAGAGCGUCAAUUUGUUUCCAGCAUCCCAUCCAGCUUCAUUGGUCAUCUUCAGAGCCUUAGAUUUAAUGGCAUGCUCUACAUCGACCUGUGCAAGAAUGGUGACAUUGAUUAUUGCGAGCUCAACGCCCGCUUUGGAAUUCGUUCCAUUAUCGCCGACCCUGUAACCUUCAAAUCCAAGAGCAGCUACCUAAGCCUGGCUACCCUACAGGCCUACACAUCCAUGCACCUCUUCUUUCAGUUCAAGACCUCCUUCCCAGAUGGCUUCAUACUCUUCAACUCUGGAGAUGGCAAUGAUUUUAUCGCUGUAGAACUGGUUAAAGGAUACAUUCACUAUGUUUUUGACCUUGGAAAUGGGCCUAACCUCAUCAAAGGCAAAAGUGAAAGGGCACUGAAUGACAACCAGUGGCACAAUGUGGCCAUCACCCGAGACAACAGCAACACCUACACACUAAAAGUAGAUGCCACAGCCAUAAGUCAGAGUAUCAAUGGGGCCAAGAACUUGGACCUAAAAGGUGAUCUGUUCAUCGCAGGAUUGGGUCCAGGCAUGUAUGGCAAUCUGCCUAAACUGGUGGCUUCCAGAGAAGGCUUCCAGGGCUGUUUGGCAUCAGUGGACCUCAACGGCCGUCUGCCAGAUCUCCUCAAAGACGCAUUGUUUCGUAGCGGGCAGAUUGAGCGUGGAUGCGAAGGUCCCAGCACCACAUGUCAAGAAGACUCCUGUGCCAACAUGGGCAUUUGUAUCCAGCAGUGGGAGAACUACACUUGUGACUGCUCCAUGACCUCCUAUACUGGCACACAGUGCAAUGACCCUGGGACAACAUACAUCUUUGGCAAAGGGGGAGGCCUCAUUACUUUCAAGUGGCCAACCAAUGAGAGACCAAGCACCAGGACGGACAGGCUGACCGUCGGCUUCAGCACCUCCCUGAAAGACGGCAUCCUGGUCAGGAUUGACAGUGCACAUGGUCUGGGUGACUACCUUAUGCUGCACAUACAACAAGGCAAAAUUGGAGUGACAUUCAACAUUGGCACAGUGGAUAUCAGUGUGGAGGAGAGCAGUACCCCAGUGAAUGAUGGGAAGUAUCAUGUUGUCCGCUUCACCAGGAAUGGUGGCAAUGCUACGCUGCAGGUGGAUAACUGGUCAAUCAAUGAACACUUCCCAACAGGGAACAGCGACAUUGAACGCUAUCAAAUGGCCAAUAAGAAAAUUCCUUUCAAAUACACCAGACCAGUAGAGGAGUGGCUACAGGAGAAAGGACGGCAGCUAACAAUUUUCAACACCCAAGCAACAAUUGCAAUUGGUGGUAGUGAUCGCAGCCGGCCCUUUCAGGGUCAGCUCUCUGGCCUUUACUACAACGGCCUCAAGGUGUUGAACAUGGCUGCUGAGGGCAACCCUAACAUCAAGAUUAAUGGCAGUGUGAGGUUGGUAGGUGAUGUGCCCAGUGUGGCAGGCUCAGCCAGGACCACAGCCAUGCCCCCAGAGAUGUCCACUACCUUCAUCGAGACUACCACUAUGAUGUCCACCACUACCACACGGAAACACAGAUCUUCUUCGACUGUACAGCAUGCACCAGAUGAUAUUGUGUCAUCUGCAGAAUGUUCGAGUGACGACGAAGACCUGGAGGAGUGUGAAACUAGCCAUGCAGGUGGGCUAGCACUCCCCACAGAGCCGGGCGUCAGGCGAGUUCCAGGGCCCUCGGAAGUGGUCCGUGAAUCUAGCAGCACCACCGGGAUGGUCAUCGGAAUAGUGGCAGCCGCUGCCCUGUGCAUCCUCAUCCUUCUGUAUGCCAUGUAUAAGUACAGAAACAGGGAUGAAGGCUCCUACCAGGUGGACGAGAGCAGGAACUACAUAACCAACUCAGCUGUGCAGAGCAAUGGAGCUGUCAUGAAGGACAAACAGCAGAGCUUGAAAGGCAGCAACAAGAAACAGAAAAAUAAGGAUAAGGAGUAUUAUGUGUGACUGUGAGACUUUCGUGAACACGAGAGAGUGAAGAAAGAAAGCACUAAGAGAACAUUUACUUAUCAGUUUCCUUGUGAGGAGCUAUGACAAAUGAUGGUAUAAUGUGGAACUUGAAUAAUCUUAUACUGUGCUGAGUAGUUGAACUGAUGAUAUGUACUGUAAUAUAAAGCACACUUACUAUUGUAAGCAUAAUGACAAGGCUAAAUAGCAACUUUAGAGACCUAACUCUUCUAUCUGGUCAGACGUUAUCAGUAUAGAAAUAUUUCACAGCUACAUCAUUCUCCUAAGUGACUUUUAGAGCUAUGUGAUCCUUGGCAUUGAACAAAAAAGUUUUUGUAAAAUUGUUAAUUACAAAAGGCUCAUAAUCUUAUACAUUUUCAGCAUGUAAACAACAUGUAGUGCUUAACAAGAGGGGGUCAGGCACGUCAUUGUGAAACUAAAAAAGGACUCUUGUUGUAUCAGAAUAUGACAAAUUUUUAUGGUUUAUACAUAAUACAAGUGUGGUGUCUAACUUAUUUUUGCUUUAAGCAAAACAAACAAAAUGACAAAAAGAAAAGCAAGAAAAGAAAACUAUUUCUGUGUAUGAAAUGAAACCAAGUGAGCAAAUUGCCCUGGGCAAAUCUCAUAGAAUCUGUUUGCUCUGGCACCUGACUCACCACAAUUAUUCUCAUUGUCUGACAGACAGAGUGACUCUGUGGAAAGAAGUGGCUGUUUCUCUUGGUAAAAAGCAACUGAUUGUAAAAUGCAUGCCAUCCUACAGUACAGUAAAAGUCCGGUAUACAGUGUUUAACUUGGACCAUGUUCUCUUUAAUGCCAAACAAUUCUUCAUCAUCAGAUCAGAUAUUAGCCCCUCUCUUCUUUUUCAAACCCCUCAAAAAUGUUAACCAUGUUAACCUUGGAAAAAUCUCUUAAAGAAAAGGUGAAAAGGUCUAUUAUUGAUGCACAGCCAGUGGUGGUUUUAUCUUUUUGCAAAAUUGUAUGUUGGUUCAUUGCCUAUCGUUCUCUUUUUCUAUGGAGGUGUCAGGAAAUAAAUGCAGUACUACAACACUGUUAACAAAUGUGUAUACAGAAAUAAAUCAAAUGUUGAAAGUGUGAAUUCUAUCUGCUGUCACAGUCAACUGUGUCAAAAAACAAGAAAUUUGUUUACAUAUUUUAUUACAUGCUAGCUGUUGUACUUUGUAGGUAGGAAAUUGUACAUAUACCAUGACAGUUGUAAUUUUUAGUACCUCUAUUGUACAGACUGAACAUAUGGUUUAUCAGCGUAUUUCAUGACAAAAAUCUAUUAACUGUUAAUUUACAUGGAGAAAAACUUUAAUCAGAAUGUGAAGAAUCAUAUUGAUAUUUCAUAAAGAAUAAAAAUGUAUUGUUAGCCUAGAGAUCUAACCAGAGAUGUUUCUAAAGUUGCAUGAAUAUUUAACUACUUGCAGUUGUCCAACAAAUACAAGGUGCCCUUCCUUCUGUAUCAUGGCUUUUUUUGUUCUGGGUUACUUCUCUUUUUGAAAGAGAAUAAAGUCAUAGUUAUGACACAAACAGAAAGAGAAGGAGGUUAUAAUGGAUGGGGGCUCAUUGUUUAAAA